CGAACAGCUGCUGGAGCAUAAGAAAUGCCACACUGUCCCCACCGGUGGGCUCAAGUAAGGAAAGCAAGUGCCCAUUCUGCAUUUAUUCCACCAACCGCCCCGCUGCCAUGGAGUGCCACCUCAAGACCCACUACAAGAUGGAGUACAAGUGCCGGAUCUGCCAGACGGUGAAGGCCAACCAGCUGGAGCUGGAGACGCACACCCGGGAGCACCGCCUGGGCAACCACUACAAGUGCGACCAGUGCGGCUACCUGUCCAAGACCGCCAACAAGCUCAUCGAGCACGUGCGCGUCCACACCGGGGAGCGGCCCUUCCACUGUGACCAGUGCAGCUACAGCUGCAAGCGCAAGGACAAUCUCAACCUGCACAAGAAGCUGAAGCACGCCCCACGCCAGACCUUCAGCUGCGAAGAGUGCCUGUUCAAGACCACACACCCUUUCGUCUUCAGCCGCCACGUCAAGAAGCACCAGAGUGGGGACAGCCCCGAGGAGGACAAGAAGGGCCUGUGUCCAGCCCCCAAGGAACCGGCCGGCCCGGGGGCCCCGCUCCUGGUGGUCGGGAGCUCCCGGAAUCUCCUGUCUCCCCUGUCGGUUAUGUCCGCUUCCCAGGCUCUGCAGACCGUGGCCCUGACAGCAGCCCACGGCAGCAGCUCAGAGCCCAACCUGGCACUCAAGGCUUUGGCCUUCAACGGCUCCCCUUUGCGCUUUGACAAGUACCGGAACUCAGAUUUUGCCCAUCUCAUUCCCUUGACAAUGUUAUACCCCAAGAACCACUUGGAUCUCACAUUCCACCCUCCCCGACCUCAGACUGCGCCUCCCAGCAUCCCCUCACCCAAACACUCCUUCCUCGCCUAUCUCGGACUGAGAGAAAGAGCAGAGACUGUCUGAGGGCAGCCAUGUUCUGUACCAAAAACAAAGAGACAAAAGACAAAAAAAAAAACCCCACAAAACUUAAACACAACCCCAGCAGGUGUAUGUUGCUGCAAAACCUACAGACCCCCAUGGGUCUGAAACAUGUGUACUGUAUAUCUUUAGUAAGGAAUAGAGAAUUGGCUCUGUGUGUAUACCUAUUGCAUUGACCUGAAAGCUGCUUUAUCCAAUCUUCAGAGAGGUGACCUACUGCAUACUUCUACCUUCAGAGGCAUGCCUCCCCAGCCACCCACUCCCACUCUCAGCCCUUCUCCGUACUUUUCUCUGAAAGGAAUCUUGUCUUGUUAAACCCUAAAGAGAGUGUCCUUAAUAGCAAUCAGCACUUGUAAGCUUAUAUACUGGUGCAUUUGGUUUUCUGUUGGGUGAAUGUGGUGUGUGGGCGUUUGUGGAUUCUGAAAGAGAAAGCCGUGUGUCGUGUGCCAUGACAUUUCUAUUGCACAUUCUUUGUACUGGCUUCUUUAACAGCGAUGAACAUUCUUUUCCCUCCUGGGUUGUUCAUCCACGACAGUCUCUCCCUGUGCUCCUUCAUCAUCUUUCCCUCUCUCUUUGACGGCUACAGAGUGGUAGGGCCUGGUGCUUAGUCGAUGAAGGAAUGGUAGACAUCUACAGUGCUGCUGGAGAUUUCCACCAGAGCGCUGGAGACCUUGUACUCAGAUCUUCUCUGGCGAUGAAGAGACGAGGAAUCAAGUCACUGAUCUGGAAGAAAUAUCUUGCAGCACUGCAGCAAACAUCACAGAACUUAAGUGUGUUUUGUGUGUGUGCCCACACAUAGACAAAUGUGUACGGUGCACACACACAGUGCAUCAUUUUUUAAGGGCAGAUUAUAUAUAUAUAUAUGAUGUAUUAAUUCAGUGGUUACCAUUUGUUUGCAGGAAAAAGAAAUGUAUGAGUGAAAAAAAGUUAUGGUUGAUAAAUCCAGCCAAGGAGAUUAAAAGGGGUUUGGAUAAAUUCUGGGUAUAAAUGCUCAGACUAAAAAAAAGAAACGGCAGUUUUGCACAGUGCUGUGGUCUUGCACUAGUUUUUGUUUCUCAUCUGAAAAAAGUAAAAAGGAAGAAAAUGUACCUUUUUUUAUGGAAUGAGUAGACUGUAUGUUUGAAGAUUUAGCCACAACCUCUUUGACAUAUAAUGACGCAACAAAAAGGUGCUGUUUAGUCCUAUGGUUCAGUUUAUGCCCCUGACAAGUUUCCAUUGCGUUUUGCCGGUCUUCUGGCUAUAUCGCGGUAUCCUCCAUGUUAUUAGUAAUUCUGUAUUCCAUUUUGUUAACGCCUGGUAGAUGUAACCUGCUAGGAGGCUAACUUUAUACUUAUUUAAAAGCUCUUAUUUUGUGGUCAUUAAAAUGGCAAUUUAUGUGCAGCACUUUAUUGCAGCAGGAAGCAGGUGUGGGUUGGUUGUAAAGCCCUUUGCUAAUCUUAAAAAGUAAUGGGUGAUUUAAAAAGAAAAAAGGAAAAAAUCUUUGGCUGAAUAUGCUCAUUGCUUGUAUUUUUAAAACAACAGAAUUUCCAGUAUGAAACAGGCUGAAAGAGCAGGAAGAAAUGUUCUUUGUAUAAUAAUGGGAAGUUUGGAAUAUAAAAGUUUAUAUAUUUAAUUUAUCUAUUGGAGAACUGGUGUACAGGAGGAACACUUUCUUACUGUGUUGCUGUUUUCCAUCAUGUGUUAUCCUAAGAGUUGGGGUUUUUAAAAAUCUGUUUCACCAGGGGAAAAUAAAAGCAUCCCUAAUGUUCUUCCUCUAGUCAGUUUGCUUUGCUGAAAGCUCUCUGGGAAUUAGUACAGUUCUCCAGGAAGCCCGAAGACUGUACUGUCUGUCCACACCAUGGUCUCCUCAGUCCCCUCCAUGCCAGCCCCUCUCCCCCACACCCAGCAGGUAUGCUACACCUCCCUUUGCCAGUCAUCCCGCCAUGGAUGGGGAGCCUGCUCGGUGCCCUGGCAAAUCUGUUUACACUAAGGAGAUGCCCACAGGGACAGGGAGGCCAAACCAGCUAGGGCGGGAGGCUCCCAAACCCUCAGUCAUUCUCCAGCAGAGACCUUUGCUCUCGGCCGGGUUUGAAACGAUGUUCAACCUCGCCACAUCAAUGUCUCAAUAAAAGACACUAUAGAUAGUUAUGGACAAUACACUCCAAGAAUACUGGGCUUAUGGGUGGGUUGGGUUGUUUUGUUUUCGAGUCAUGUCUUUAUCCCCAUAUAAUGGAGAAUGUGCCACUUGGCUAAUAAUGUGUUUUCAAAAUUACAAGUUCAGUGAUGACAGGAAAGAGGGCUAAACUGAUCCCACAGAGGCUGGUAGAAAAGGUGAAUCACACUCAAGCACCAGCGGGUUAAAACCCUGAAAGGGUGGCCCUGACAAUUCGGACUAUAGGUUUUACAGCAUGCCACUUGUGCAAUAGGAGGUCUUAGGACUGAAACUUUCAAGAACAAGAGGGGGUGAAAGAAGGAGACGUUUACUGCUCAAAUGCCAUGCAUUUCACUGCUUGCCACUGAACUUGUAUUUGAAUGACUUAGUCAUGCUUAAUAUAAUUGGGCAACUUUUUUAGCACUUUGGAAAGAGUCAUCAAUCUUUCUGGUAAAUUAUAAAAGUUUUCUGAGUGAGAAAAGGUGUGUUUGGAGUUUGUUUGACUUUUUAUAUUAUUAUUGUUAUUAAUAAAGAAAAAAAAUCUACAGCAUUUUUCAGACUCCACCCUAGAAAAUAUGUACCCCUGAAUUUGGUUUGCAGUUUGAUACUCAGGGAAGGAUGUAUUCCAUAGAUAUCCUUUCCGUGUAAAACACUAACAUCUUUGAGAAAUUCACCUACCAACUAACUUCAAUUGUUGUCACUAUGCAUUCUUCAAUGAAAACUAGCUUAUUUUUCCAUAUAGUAAUGCAGUUAGGGUUCUCAGCACUUUCUUUCUUCUAUCCUUUUUUUAACUCUUCAUAUUAUGUUCAGAUGAUCAUACUGUCAAGGUUUGUGUACAUUACUGAAAAUUUGUAUUGUAUAAAGCUUUUUGCAUUACAAGGCUGUACAGGGUCAUUUUGACAGUAACUGGUAUAUUCCUUUGCAUCUUAUGUUGCAUUGCCAAUUUCUAGUGUAUCCAGUUUGAAAGUAUAAUAUACUCUAAUUAAAAAAACAAGUUGGCUAUA